CAGGGGUUAACACCCGCCUGCCUCUGUCUCCUGGCCCUCCCCGGGAAGCCCACUGCUCCCGCGGGACGGGCCCUAUAAUUUGGUUUGUGUCUAGACAAAUAAUAACUCAGCUGGUGUGAGCGAGUGGGGAGGGAUGAGGCAGGACACCCUGGGCAAGGGGUAAGGAGGAAGCCUGAGCUCCUAGGGGCCCCCCUCCCAGGCGGUGAGAAUUUAGGGGCUAGGGGCAAGUGGCUUCUAACCCCCACCGCCACCCCCUGCGCAUCCUUAGUGUCUUGGAAUUCCGCACACUCCCAGAAUUUCAGGCUGCUGGAAUGUUAAAAAGACAGAACAGAGAAGGGGGGCAAAAAAGGAAGUGAGGUCCACCAUCUGGAGAGCAUGUUCCCAUUUGUGUAAAAAAGAAAAGGGAAAUACAUCUUCGCGUUUGGUGGGCAAAGAUAAUAAUCACCGAGUGUUUAAUAAUAGAUUAUGAAAGUCGCAGAAUGUUUAAAAAAAAAAAUCCUAGAGCGUUCUAACAAUAGAACUUGAGAUUCUUGGGAUGGGAGACGCUUGGAAUAUUGGAAACUUAGAAGGGUAAGGGCCUGGGAAGCCGCGGUGAUAAUCAUAAUAGAAUGGAAGGGAGGUAAAGCUCUGGAAGGUUAUAAGAAUAGCACAGUAAACCAUGAACCGGACUAACAAUAGAACCCAGAGAGAAUAGAAUCUAGAACAUGGGGGAAAGAGUCAGACGACUCUGCUGUCCCUUCUAGGUGGUGUGGUGUGUGGGGGCCUUGGGGACCCAUUUGGUGGAAAUGGGGAAACUGAGGCCCAGAAGGGUGGUCAGCGUGGCCUGGCUGCCCCCUGGUUUCCACCAGCCGCCAGGGCACCAGUCCACAGUCAUUUAUUGAGCGCCUACUGUAUGCUGGGGAUACAGCUGUAAACACGAGGUCCUUGCCUUCCUGGAACGUCCACUCUAGACAGACAGACAGACAAAAGCAAGAUACGAGGCCCUGCCAAGCCAGCUUUGAGCCGUGAGCGUGGCCACUUCUUCUCAACUGCUCAGCCCCCACCAGGACCAAGCCGGAGCCCCUCCCCUGCCCCCUUCAAAUCCCCUCCAUCCUAUCCUUCCUUUGAUCUAACCCUGACUCACCUCCUUCCUGUUUCUUAGAAACCCUUCCCACAUCCCCAGACUGAGCCCUUCCUCUCUGGCCGCCCCCCACAGGACGUCUCCUUUUUCUGUAAUCUUCUCUUUGGUUACCUUACUCUCUAUUUCUUACUGGGGUCCUAGGAGAUACCAGCACCCCCAUUCACCAUGCCUGAUCUUUUCAACACUCCCUAACCACAGUCUGCCCUAGCUCAACACUAUCCCAUAUAUUUCAUGUGUCUUCUAGGACAUUCCACCCCACCAUUACACUUACUUCCUAUAUCAACUACAAAUAUCUUUCUCUCACCACUGCCCACUGAUGCCGCCAUCUCAUCUAUAAACGUUCCUGUCAGCCAAUUUUUGUGUCACCCCAAUACUCCCUCAUUUAUGCUCUGAUUGCGUCUGUAAACACCUCCUUGACAAAGCUCUUUGUUAAUCCUGCCAUCCCCCCAAACACCCCUCCUGUUGUAAUUCUAUCCCUCCUCCAACUUUCCCCUCUCAAGCUCUACCCUCCGUGCCCCGCUUUGCCCACGAUUCUCGGUCGAUCUCAUUUCUUCCCCUCGGAGCUCCCACCAUGUUACCCUGAGCCUCCAAGGAGGGGGCUCAGGGGGCCCGAUGGCUUCCCGCCCCCCGUGGCCCCACAGCCCCCGUGGGCCAGGGGAAGUGCCUCGAAAGCCCCAGUGCCCAGGAUGGGCAACCGCACGUGGGAGGGCUGCCAUGUGGACUCACGUGUGGACCACCUCUUCCCGCCGUCCCUCUAUAUCUUUGUCAUCGGGGUGGGGCUGCCCACCAACUGCCUGGCCCUGUGGGCCGCCUACCGCCAGGUGCGGCAACGCAACGAGCUGGGCGUGUACCUGAUGAACCUCAGCAUCGCCGACCUGCUGUACAUCUGCACGCUGCCGCUGUGGGUGGACUACUUCCUGCACCACGACAACUGGAUCCACGGCCCCGGCUCCUGCAAGCUCUUUGGGUUCGUCUUCUAUACCAACAUCUACAUCAGCAUCGCCUUCCUGUGCUGCAUCUCCGUGGACCGCUACCUGGCCGUGGCCCACCCGCUGCGGUUUGCCCGCCUGCGCCGUGUCAAGACGGCCGUGGCCGUGAGCUCCGUGGUCUGGGCCACCGAGCUGGGUGCCAACUCGGCGCCCCUGUUCCAUGACGAGCUCUUCCGGGACCGCUACAACCACACCUUCUGCUUCGAGAAGUUCCCCAUGGAGGGCUGGGUGGCCUGGAUGAACCUCUACCGCGUGUUCGUGGGCUUCCUCUUCCCGUGGGCUCUCAUGCUGCUGUCCUACCGUGGCAUCCUGCGGGCCGUGCGGGUCAGCGUGUCCACCGAGCGCCAGGAGAAGGCCAAGAUCAAGCGGCUGGCCCUCAGCCUCAUUGCCAUCGUGCUGGUCUGCUUCGCGCCCUACCACGUGCUCCUGCUCUCGCGCAGCGCCGUCUACCUGGGCCGCCCCUGGGACUGCGGCUUCGAGGAGCGUGUCUUCUCCGCGUACCACAGCUCGCUGGCCUUCACCAGCCUCAACUGCGUGGCUGACCCCAUCCUCUACUGCCUCGUCAACGAGGGCACCCGCGGCGACGUGGCCAACGCCCUGCACAACCUCAUCCGCUUCCUGGCCAGUGACAAGCCCCAGGAGAUGGCCAACGCCUCCCUUACCCUGGAGACCCCACUCGCUUCCAAGAGGAACAAUGUGGCCAAGGCCGUGGCGGCUGGCUGGGCGGCAGCUCCGCUGGCCCAGGGGGACCAGGUGCAGCUGAAGAUGCUGCCACCGGCACAGUGAACCUCAGAUCACGCAGAGCCCCCUCCUCAAAUCUCAUCUCACACCCUCUUCCCUCUGGGGCUGGUGUAUGCAAAUUUAUGUAAAUAAGUCCAUAUUAAUAUUCAUAAGAAUAUAAAAAUAGGAAAACAGUGA